ACCUUUUUUUUUUUUACAAUAAUAUCAUCAACGAAGAAGAACACAUGUGUGAGUGUGUGACUACAACACUAACGUGUGGAUUAGCUACCGGAUAAUCAUCAUGCGUCAUGCAUAAAUACGUGCUGCGCGCUCGCAAUCUUCAGUUCUUCACCCAUCGCACAGUGCACACACCACCGUACGUCCGUAGUCCGUAAGUACCCUACAAGGCUAGGCUGCAAUGGCGUUCACACGGCGUCCGUCCAUCCUCCUCCCCCUAGCACUCGCCCUCCUCUCCCUGCUGGCAUCCGGCCGCACGCUGGCGGCCACCGGCCCGGGCGACAUCGCCGUGUUCUGGGGCCGGAACAAGGCCGAGGGCACGCUGCGCGAGGCCUGCGACACCGGCACCUACACCACCGUCAUCAUCUCCUUCCUCCGCGGCUUCGGCGGCCACGGCGCCUACACGCUCGACCUCUCGGGCCACCCGCUCGCCGGCGUCGGCGACGACGUCAAGCACUGCCAGUCCAAAGGCAUCCUCGUGCUCCUCUCCAUCGCCGCGGCCGGCGCCGCCGCCAACUACUCCCUCCCGUCCGCUCAAUCCGCGGCCGACCUCGCCGCGUACCUGUGGGACGCCUACCUCGGCGGCUCCCGCCCCGGACUACGCCGCCCGUUCGGCGACGACGCGGCGCUGGACGGCGUCGACUUCUACAUCGACCAGUCGACCUCCGGCGACCACGACCACUACGACGAGCUGGCGAGGCGCCUGUACGCCUACAACAGCCGCUACCACCGCGGCCGGCUCGGCGUCACGCUGACGGCGACGGUGCGGUGCGCGUACCCGGACCGGCCGGGCGUGCAGGCGGCGCUCGCGACGGGGCUCUUCUCGCGCGUCCACGUCCGGCUCUACGGCGACCUCAAGUGCACCUGGUCCGACAGGGAGGCGUGGGAGAAGUGGGCGGCGGCGUACCCGGCCAGCCGCGCGUUCGUCGGCGUCGUGGCGUCGCCGGAGGCGGACAAGGACGCGUACAUGUUCCAGAAGGACCUGUAUUACAACGUGCUGCAGUUCGCGCAGAAGGUGCCCAACUAUGGAGGACUGAUGAUCUGGGAUAGGUACUACGACAAGAUGAACCACUACAUCAGCAGCAGCUAAUUAAUUAAUCUUCCCGAUCUCUACCCGGUUUAUGAUCAGUUGAUCACCUAAUAAUAAGCUUCAUGCUUGUUUUUUUAAACUGUAAUAUAAUAAUGUGAUCCACAAAUAAUGGUCUGUGAUUGAUAUAUGAAAUAAUUAAGAGACAGGUUCCAUGUGUUUGUGCUCUUCA